UUCACGGUACUGCUACUGCAAAGUUAUGCUAAACCUGAUUCCAAAUGAACCGUUCGCGCAUAAAAUCUGCCCGGCAAUUAAGAGCCAAUGAGCAAUUAGGAAGAGGGUUGGAUUCGUAACCAAUGGAAUUGGAGCGUGGGCGGGACUUGGGGGGCCGCCCCGCUUCGCAUCACAUGAGCGGGUUUCGGGUUCCGGGUUUCAGGUGCCGGUCUGUCGGCUUGGGGGUGAGGAUGGUGUCGCUUGCGCUGCUUUUCGUGCUUUUGUCCGGGCUCGGCUUGGAGCUGGCACUCGGAGGGCGGAACAUGUGGCUGAUCAAGCAGAAGGUUCUGGAGUCCCGGGAGCAGAGAGCCCAGAAGUAUCUGCUGGAGAGGUGGAAGUCCUUGGCGGCCAUGGGCAGCGGUGACCGUCUGGAGCCCAGUGAGGAGUUCUUCCAGCAACCACUAGAUCAUUUCAACAGGCAGAAUAAUGCCACUUACAAGCAGAGAUACUGGGUGAACGCGGAGCUGUGGGAGCCAGAAGAGGGUCCGGUGUUCCUGUAUAUUGGCGGCGAGGGGUCCCUGUCGGCCUACUCUGUCUUGGCAGGCGAGCACGUGGAUCUGGCGCACAAGUACCGGGCCCUGCUGGUCUCGGCGGAGCACCGAUUCUACGGAGCCAGCAUCAACCCCGACGGACUGACCGAGCAGAGCCUCCGCUUCCUGAGCAGCCAGCAGGCGCUGGCCGACCUGGCCACCUUCCAUGCCUUCAUCUCCCAGAAGUACAAUCUGACGAGGCGCAACACUUGGAUCUGCUUCGGGGGCUCGUACCCCGGCUCGCUGUCUGCUUGGUUCCGACUGAAGUUCCCUCACCUGGUUUAUGCUGCUGUUGCCUCGUCUGCUCCUGUCCGGGCCCAGCUGGACUUCACCUCCUACAAUAAGGUGGUGUCUCAGAGUCUGUCCAACCCGGUGGUCGGAGGCUCUCCCAAGUGCCGGGACGCCGUGACGCAGGCCUUCUCCCAGCUGGACCGCGCCCUGGCGCAGGGCGAAGCGGCGAGGCUGGAGUCUGACUUCCGGUCCUGCCAGAGGCUGGGCGGCGCCGGCGACUACUACGAGCUGGCCAGCAACCUGGCCGACGUCGUCAUGGGGACGGUCCAGUACAACCGGGAGCAGCUGGGCUACGACAUCGGCAGCCUGUGUCAAGUGAUGACCAACCCAGCGCUGGGCUCGGCCUACCAGAGGCUGGUGAUGCUUAACCAGGGCUACCUGAAGCAGAUGAGUAAGAACUGCACGGACAACUCUCACCAGAACGCCCUGGAGCUCCUGCACAGCACUGUGGUGAAACCCUUUGGCGUCGGGGAAAGGCAGUGGUACUACCAGACCUGCGCCGAGUUCGGCUACUACCAAACCUGCGAGGACGAGAGCUGCCCCCUCUCCCGCUGGCUGACGCUGCCGUCUCAGGUGGACAUCUGCGCCCAGGUGUUUGGCAUCAGUGCCGGCAGUGUACAGGGUGCAGUUGCCUUCACCAACGAGUACUAUGGAGCUGACGAGCCCAAGUCCAGCCGUAUCAUAUUUGUCAACGGUGACAUCGACCCCUGGCACGCCUUGAGUGUGCUGAAGAACCAGUCUCGCUCGGAGCUGGCGGUCCUCAUUAAUGGCACCGCUCACUGUGCCAACAUGAACCCCCCCGAGAAGGACGACCCGCCCUCCCUGCAGCAGGCCCGAAAGAGAAUCGAUGAUCAAAUCGGAGUGUGGUUGGCCAGGAGUCGCUCGAGUCCGUGGUAGCCGGGACCCAGGGUGCCUUUCACAAGAAGGGAAAUCUUCUUAUCCUCCGCAUCAGACUGUUUGGGAGUCAAACUUCAGAAAUCACAGGGUCCUGUUCUACAGAUCUAAGCUACCUGGUGGCCAUACACUCCGCUCAUACCUCAUCCAACGCACCCAGCCGCUGACGUGUUGAGGGUUUGUUUUGUGGGUUGGCUUUAUAGUGGUUUGUUUGGGCUGGGUUCGGAGGACAGACCACCACUGCCCCCUACUGGUGACUGUCUCCCAGUGCAGGCACCAACCUGACAGCGGGAUGACCGGUAUCCAUGGCUACAACACACCAAAACUUUUCUUCAAACUUCCUUUCUCAAAGAGACUCGAUUUAUUUUGUUUACAAAAUCUACUCAACUGCAUUACAGCUUUAAAGCUUCUAAAAUUUUAAAUGAAGAUGUGAUUUAAAACUGAAUUGUUUGUAAUUAUUUAAAUAAAAUGUUCCCUUGGC